UAGUUAAACAUCAACUAAAUAUCAGGUGCAGCUGUCAGAGGUCGCCAUAAGAGUUAUUCCUCUUAUUAAAAUAGUGUUGUUGUUAUACAGUGUGUCAGCUGUUCAGUGGAAUUACUGUCAUUUCUGAGGGAGAGAGUUUCACGGACUGUAAAGUAAAAAAUACGCUGAGCGAGGCCAUCACAAGAUGGCUGAGAGUAAGAGUAGCGGGGAAGAGCCUCAGGAGACUGCAGCAUCCACAGAGGCUACCAACACAUCUGAUACAACUGAUACUGAGAGAGAGUGGGCACAGGCUGCUCAGGCUGAGUUCACAAAGGGCAACUAUGUUUCUGCUCUGACACACUUGAACCAGUUGCAAGCCACUAGACCAAAGGAUGCUAAGGUGUUGAUGAAUAAGGCUGUAAUUGAGUAUUACAAGAGUGAUCUCAAGAAAACUGAAAUAUUUCGUAAGCAGUUGGUAGAUAUUUGCUCGCAGUGUGGCUUCAAAAUUGAUGAGGUAGACUCCACAGAUGAAGUUGACCGAAGUGUAAUACACCUUAACCACUGCAUUGUCCUCUACCACCUCCACCAGUAUCGGGCUGCACUUUCACUCUUGGAGAAAAUGUACACAAGUCUAGAGUCCUUAGAAGAGAGUGUGGGGAUAGGAGUAUGUCUGGUGAUGGCUGAGUGUCACCUUGGGGCACACCACCCUGAGAAGGCCCUUACUGUUAUUGCUCACACAGAAACUACCUUCUUGCCCCAGCCUCUCCCUCACACACCAUCUCACAAGCAACCACCACCACAAGAAAAGGAAAACAAGUCUCCUGAAAAAAGUAGUGUAUCUGGAGGUACUGGCAGCAGUAGUAGUAGCAGUAGCAGCAGCAGUAGCAGCAGCAGCUGUAGCACAAGCAAUACUACAGACGAAAUCCGAUGCAGUGCCACCCAAGAGCAGCUGAGAGGAAAGCUACAGCAGUUAAGAGUCCGAGCAAUGCUGAUGAUGAGAGCUCUUAGGGUAGCCAAAAAGGAACUGAAAACAAUUGUUACACAUGCAGUCACAGCCGGAAAUUCUCUUAAUGUAACUCUCAUUAGUCUGAAGAGUCAGUUAGAAUAUCUUCGGGGUAAUUUUCGCAAGGCAAUUAAAGUGCUCAAUCAGUGUGCAGCAAUACCACCACCUAGCCUAACUUAUGGUCCUAGUUUAGGUGUGAUGUAUUACAACAACUUAGGUGUAAUACAUCUUGGUCUGGGCAAGCCCACUGUAGCCUGCCUGUACCUGCAGAAGGCACUUCAAGAAACACAAGUGGCUGAAGACCCAAGCUCAACACAAUCAGGUGAUACGUUAUCUAGUCGUCCCCUCUAUCAGCUCAGCAGCAAUGUUCAGCCAGAACUUUAUUACAAUCUUGGAGUAACUCUUCUACAUAUGAACAAACCUGACAAAGCUUUUGAUUUUCUGCUUGAAGUUCUACAAGUGUAUUCCAUGAACCCACGUCUCUGGCUCAGGCUUGCAGAGUGCUGUAUAGCUGUUCACAAAUCUGGUCUUGGUGAAGAUAUUGCUUCCAAGAAGUCCAUAGUGCAGGGUACAGUAGGCGUUGGCAUUCACAGGAAGAUAUGCCUCGCUACAUGCGUUAGCGACCACAACAAAAAACACUAUGAUCCACAGUCAGAAUCUGAUGCUGCAUUUCCUGAGCCCACGCUAGAGUUUGCCAGGCUGUGUCUUCGAAAUGCUCUUACUCUUUUACCAGAAAAUGUGUCCACUGCAUCUCUCACAGAUGAGCAAGAAGCUUCAGGUGUGAUGCCUGAGCUCUAUCCUGCAGGGCCCUCUUCUCCCUUGAGAGGGACAGAGGUGGUGAGUCUGAGAGUGUCUGCACUAGCAUGUAGUGCAUAUGUCAGUCUCUGCCUCUCAGACUACUCCACAGCACUGAGACAUGCAGAAACACUACUAGUAGCUCACCCAAAAAUACCUGGAGUUUACAAGCUCUUGGGGCACCUGUAUGCUGGUGAGGCUCUUAUAUCACUGGGUUUAAAAGAGCGAGGCAGUAGCCACCUUGAUCCUAGGCUGGUGGGAGACUUAACACUCUCUCUCAGCUCAGAAGCUGGUCAGAGUCCGCCAUUUAAUAUUUCCAACCAAGGCUGGUAUCCAGGCACCACAGCAACAGCCAUGCAGGUGAUGAGAUAUAAUCUUAGUGUUGCAUAUACAGUGCGAGGAGAAUUGGAAAAAGCCAAUAAUUUACUUAAAGAGGUGUGGACAGAAAGUAAUGGUAAUAUGCCAGCACAAGUUAUUAUGUUGGCAAUGUACAUUCAGCUCCGAAUGGGACAUGUUGAUGUAAUGAAGAACAUUGUUAAGAAGAACAUUCUGUUAACAUGAAGUUUCUUCAUUUUUUUUUUUUUUUUUUUUUUUUUUUUUUUUUUUUUUUUUUUUUUUUUUGUCACUUGGUGCAAUGCUGUGGUCCCACAGUUGGUUGAAGGACAUGGUGGCUUCCCACUGGGUGCUUCACCUUACUGAACCAAUGCUGUGUAAGAGGAGAGAGACUAUAACAGAGUUAUUGGUCAUAAGGUAUUAAGUCAUACUAUACUUGUACUUUGCUCAGCAGUAUUUAUAUAUUCUUGGAAGUUGUAUGUUAUCUUUAUUUUGCAGAAAUAAAUUUCUCAUGCAGUAAUGAAGCUGCUCAAUUAUAUUAAAAUUUUUGACUAUACAUAAAUUAUAUUAUUAUAGUACAGUAUAUUAGUAAUGCUACUAAUAUGGAAAUAUAUGGUAAUAUCCUCUUAAUAAAAAUUUAAGUAACCUUCACUUAAAAGUCACACUAAGCAUCAUAUGUAUAUACGGGGCUGGUUGCAAUAACAAAUGUAUAAUUUAAACAAAUUUUAAGUACAGUGUUGUGCUGUUUACUGGUUUUGGUAAAUAAUGAAGGGAAAGACCUAUGGUAUUUUUCCUAAAUGGUCAUAUAUAACCAUUUAGUAUAAAUAAAUAGAUAAAGGUAGGGAAGUUUUUAUUGCAUUUAUGGAUUUAGAAAAGGCAUAUGAUAGAAUUGAUAGGGGAGCAAUGUGGCAGAUGUUGCAAGUAUAUGGAAUAGGUGGUAAGUUACUAAAUGCUGUAAAGAAUUUUUACGAGGAUAGUGAGGCUCAUGUUAGGGUGUGUAGAAGAGAGGGACACUACUUAUCGGUAAAAAUAGGUCUUAGAAAGGAAUGUGUGUUGUCACCAUGGUUGUUUAAUAUAUUUAUAGAUGGGGUUGUAAGGGUUACAAUGUUAUAAAAUACUAAUUACAGAGGGGGCCACUAGGACACCUAGCAUGGCUAGGCAUUUCGAGCAGACUUAGAUUAAUUCUUAACAUUAAAUCCUUACAGCUUAUGGUAUUAAGGCUAAGUGACUACAUCAUAAUUUGUGAGUUUAGCAAUGUGAAUGCUUUUGUUUUGGCACAAUACAAGGUGUCUAUAUUGGAGUAUCAAAGGCAAACUUAUGACUAGUUAGGAUUUAUUAUUUUAAGAUUAAGAUUAGUAUUUCUGGGUUUAUAGUCAGUGGGUGAGUGAGUGUAAUUGUGAACCACCAGGUGGUUAUCAUGUAGUUAGUUGUCGGGGUGGAUCACGGAGAUGAGAUGUUUUCUAACUGUAGUUUUGAAAGUGAUGAAUGUGUCUGUAGUUCUAGAGUUUUCAGGCAGGGUGUUCCAGAUUUUAGGUCCUUUGAAAUACAUUGAAUUUUUGUAAAGGUUUAGUUGAACACGGGGAAUGUCAUAGAGAUGUUUGUGUCUGGUGUUAUGCCUGUGGAUCCUGUCACAACUAUCAAGAAAGCAUUUUAGGUCAAGGUUAAUAUUGGAAUUUAAGGUCCUGUAGAUAUAGAUUGCACAGUAGUAAAUGUGGAUAUUCUGAACAGGGAGUAAGUUUAGAUCUAUGAAGAGUGGGGGGGGAGGUGUUGCCAGGGAUGGGAUUUAGUGAUUAUUCUUACUGCGGCUUUUUGUUGGGUUAUUAUUGGCUUAAGGUGUGUUGCUGCAGUUGAACCCCAAGCACAGAUAGCAUAGGUGAGGUAUGGAUAUAUAAGUGAAUGGUAUAGUGUGAGAAGGGCAGUUUGCGGUACGUAGUAUCGUAUCUUGGAGAGGAUCCCCACCGUUUUGGAUACUUUUUUUUGUUAUGUGUUGGAUAUGGGUGCUGAAAUUUAGGUUGUUGUCGAGGUAUAGGCCACAUGUAGGCCCACAUGCGAGAGAAUGGGUCUCCAUGGUCAAUGUGCACCAUAUAAAGAAAAUAGGGGAGCCAGUGGUGCAUUGUGGAAAUGCUAUUUCAGUCGUCCUUUUUCAGCAUACUUAGCCGUAAGAAAUAUGCGACUCCCCAACAAAUCUGGGACUCUUCUCUUCCCAAGUGAUGCUCUAACACAGAUGGAAGUGUCAGUGAAGAUCAAUUUCAUGAUUUUGAGGAGUUUGAGACCAAAAGCAAUAGAGGAAGAGGAGUAGGAGGAGGAAGAGGAGGAGAAGAGGAGGAGCAGGAAGAGGAAGAGGAGGAGGAGGAGGAGAAGAGG